CUAUUGAAAGCACCGGUAGUUUAGUGUAGUUGUAGUGACAGACAGGCCUUCAAACAGACUGACUCUGACUUCACAUUUACUCCACAUUUCAUUUACUUAUUGUAUGAUUUGUACUCUUUUGUCACUAUUGUCUUGGAUAUCACCAGAAAUGGCAGCCAAUCGCGAGCGAAGUUUCAUUAUGAUUAAACCCGAUGGUGUCCAACGAGGACUUGUCGGGGAUAUCAUCAAACGUUUUGAACAAAAAGGAUUCAAAUUAGUGGCCAUUAAGUUCAUGAAUGCCGGAGAAGAGUUGCUGAAAAAGCAUUACUCGGAUCUGUCGUCGCGUCCAUUCUUUCCAAGUUUGAUCCAAUACAUGCAAAUGGGACCCGUCGUGCCAAUGGUCUGGGAGGGACUCAAUGUGGUCAAGACUGGUCGUGUACUCUUGGGUGAGACCAAUCCGGCCGAUUCCAAGCCCGGAACCAUUAGGGGUGACUUCUGUAUACAAACCGGAAGAAAUAUAAUCCAUGGAAGCGAUUCAGUCGACAGCGCCAACAAAGAGAUUGCUUUGUGGUUUGAUCCCAAAGAGUUGACCGAAUGGAAGGCCAAUCAGCAGUCCUGGGUUUAUGAAGACUAAUAAGACAGCAAUGAUUACGAUAGCAAUCCAAUUAGUUCCACACAUUUUAUGAUUAGUUUUUUUUGGACUUAUCGGUAGUUUAUCACAAGUUUAUUAAUAAUCAUGAU